AUGUCUGCCAAGUCGAUCUUCGAGGCCGAUGGCAAGGCCAUUCUCAACUACCACCUGACCCGUGCUCCUGUCAUCAAGCCGAGUCCUCUCCCUGCGCCCACCACUCACAACCCUGCUGCCAGACUCGCCUCACUGAGCUUCCCUGAGGAUGCUGCCGUCGAGGACGUCCUGAACCAGGCCGAGGUUACCUUCCCCUGGCUUCUCCAGCCCGGUGCCAAGUUUGUUGCAAAGCCCGAUCAGCUCAUCAAGCGACGAGGCAAGAGCGGUCUGCUGGCCCUCAACAAGACUUGGCCCGAGGCCAAGGCCUGGGUUGCCGAGCGUGCUGGCAAGGAGCAGAAGGUUGAGCACACAUCCGGUGUUCUGCGACAGUUCCUGGUAGAGCCCUUUGUGCCUCACCCUCAAGACACAGAGUACUACAUCAACAUCAACUCAGUCCGUGAUGGAGACUGGAUUCUGUUCACCCACGAGGGUGGUGUUGACGUCGGUGAUGUCGACGCCAAGGCUGAGAAGCUCCUGAUCCCCGUGGAUCUCUCAGAGUACCCUUCCAAUGAGGAGAUUGCAGCUGCUCUUCUCAAGAACAUUCCCUCUGGUCUUCACAAUGUCCUGGUUGACUUCAUCACCCGGCUGUACGCCGUCUACGUGGACUGCCAGUUCACCUACCUCGAGAUCAACCCCUUGGUUGUGAUCCCCAACGAGGACAAGACUUCUGCCGCCGUCCACUUCCUGGAUCUUGCUGCCAAGCUCGAUCAGACUGCCGACUUUGAGUGCGGUGUCAAGUGGGCCAUUGCCCGAUCUCCCGCUGCCCUUGGCCUCACCAACAUUGCUCCUGGUGGCGACAAGGUCAGCAUCGACGCUGGUCCCCCAAUGGAGUUCCCUGCCCCCUUCGGCCGUGAGCUCUCCAAGGAGGAGGCCUUCAUCGCUGAGCUGGACGCCAAGACUGGUGCUUCCCUGAAGCUCACCGUUCUCAACCCUACUGGCCGCAUCUGGACACUGGUUGCUGGUGGUGGUGCUUCCGUCGUCUAUGCCGACGCCAUUGCCUCCGCUGGCUUCGCCGACGAGCUGGCCAACUACGGUGAAUACUCCGGUGCUCCCACCGAGUCACAAACCUACCACUACGCCCGCACGGUCCUCGACCUGAUGCUGCGCGCUCCCAUGGCCGACAAGGGCAAGGUCCUGUUCAUUGGUGGUGGCAUUGCCAACUUCACCAACGUCGCCAGCACCUUCAAGGGUGUCAUUCGCGCUCUCCGUGACGUCGCUCCCCAGCUUAUUGAGCACAACGUCCAAAUCUGGGUGCGUCGUGCCGGCCCCAACUACCAGGAGGGUCUGAAGAACAUGAAGUCUGCCACCGCCGAGCUUGGCCUCAACGCCAAGAUCUUUGGCCCCGAGAUGCACGUCUCUGGUAUUGUUCCUCUGGCUCUCAUCCCUGGCAAGUGGGAGAGCAGCAACCUGGAGGAGUUCAAGGCUUAA